UAUUCUUGAUCUUGGCCCAAUGAAUCGUAGAAAGUGUUGAGAGAUAUAGAGGUUUAGCGAGAAUUGGAUUCAUUAGCUAUCUAGUAGUUGUUGCGGAAAUAGUGAUAUGAGUAGUAGAAACUUUGGCGAUCAAAAAAUGGGGACGGGUAAUAGUGACAGUUCGGCAGGUUCAUCGAGAAGAGGAAAAAAAAGCAGUUCGGAGAAGCCAAAGCAACCACAAAGAGGGCUUGGAGUGGCUCAGCUGGAGAAGAUCAGAUUGCAAAGCGAAAUGGCUGAGUAUCUUCCACCGCUGCAGCCUCCGUUCCUCACUAAUCUCAACAUGGAGGAUCAAGUGAGAAUUCCCAUGGUGCUUUCAUCGUCGGUGCCCUCUUCUUCAGUCAUCACUACGUCGUCAUCGUUGUUUGCUGUUCAUCCAAACGUUAUGACGGCAUACGGAGGUGAUGAAAGAACAGAUUUUCGAUACAGUGGAUUCGGGCUAACUCCUGUCAUCAGACCAAUUUCGGAUCCUAACGCAACCAUUCCUUCCCAUUAUUAUGCGCCACAAAACGUAACGCUUCCCCUCUUCGAACAAACCACUGAGGAUUCAACUCACAGGAAAAGCCAGCAAAUAGAUUCAGAUAAUCCAAACUGCGAAUAUAGCACAAAAGAAGAUCUCGAUUUGGAGCUGAAGUUGUAACCCCAAGAUCGAGUUUUUCAAGAUGUUCUUGGAUCGAUUCAUGGUUUGGUUUUCCCCAACUGUAUAAUAAUUUUUAAGUUACAAUAUAUA